AAGAUACGUCAGACCUUCCUGCAUAAACUGUCUUGCCUCCCUCUCCUGAGUCCCCGUGAAAGACAUUUGGUAAAACAUGCAUGGCUAUGGCCUACUCUUGGGAAAUGGCUUAGACAGGGAGAUAUCGUUCUGGCAGAGACGGGAACCUCCAGCUUUGGGAUCUGGGAGACAUCUUUCCCAACCGACGCUAUGUUGAUCAGUCAGUAUCUGUGGGGAAGCAUUGGUUACACCGUGGGUGCAUGCCAGGGAGCAGCACAAGCCGUGCGAGAUUGUUUCGGGAACCAAAAAAGAACUAUUCUUUUCAUCGGAGAUGGCAGUUUCCAGUUCGGUUGUCAAGAGUUGAGUACCAUAUUGCGCCUGGGACUCAAUCCAAUAAUAUUUGUGAUCUGCAAUAACGGCUAUACAACUGAACGACUUAUCCAUGGUUGGCUGGAAAAGUACAACGACAUUCAACCUUGGAAAUACCGAAAACUACCGGCUGCUUUUGGGGCGCCAGCCAGAGCCUACCGUACACAUCUUGUCCAAACACAGGCCCAGCUACAAGGUCUUCUUUCGAGUCGGAAGUUCAACGACUGUUCGGCAUUACAGCUGGUGGAGCUCUAUAUGCUCCAAGAGGAUGCUCCUGAAACUAUGAAAAAAAUAGCCCAGAGCCUGACAAAGCAAAAUGUCCGGAGCUAG